GAAUACGUUCCAUCGCUGGGAAAUACCGCUCGAGAGCGAGCGAGGAAGCAAACCCUGAGCUCACCCUUCGUGCGGUUCUGCUAGGGCUGCUCAUCGGCUGUUUGCUAUGCUUUACGAACCUGUAUUUUGGACUUCAAACAGGAUGGAUCAGCAUGAUGUCUCUCCAAUCUGCUCUUAUCGGUUUCCUCGUGUCGAAACUGUUGCCUACCCCGAUGUCUCCUCAAGAGAACGUCGUGAUUCAGACGACGGCUGUCGCGACUGGCACAAUGCCACUUGCUGCCGGAUUCGUAGGCAUCAUACCGGCACUUGGAUUGUUGGAAGAGGAUAAAGAUGGAUCAUCACCCAUUCAACUGUCUUGGAUAGCUGCUGUCCUGUGGUCCUGCGCGGUGGCCUACUUCGGGGUCUUCAUGUCUCCCCCGCUUCGUAAACAAGUGGUGAUUGAAGAACAACUCGCAUUUCCUUCCGGAACAGCCACCGCCCAGCUCAUCUCAGUCCUGCACAAAAUCCCUUCACCAGCCCCAAGCACCCUCCGUCAACGUUCAGGAUACACCGCCAUUGGAUCCGAAGAAGACGGCAUCGACGUCCCUCCACCUCCAGAGACACCGAUGGAAGCCGAACGCGAGGAGGUGAGGGUGCGCGAGACGGUCACUAGUGAGGGGUGGUCGGCGCUCUCUUGGAGCUUUGCGGCGUCUGCUGUUUUGACGCUUGCAGCGUAUUUCUUCCCCGUGAUAUUUGCUGUUCCGUUGUUUGGAACGUACUUGGCUAGUCAGUGGUUGUGGACGUUCACACCGAGUUUAUCCUAUGUCGGUCAAGGUAUCAUCAUGGGCUUUCCCACCACACUCAGCAUGAACCUAGGCAUGCUAGUCGGCUGGGGCAUCCUCUCCCCCAUCUCCCACAACGCAGGCUGGGCUCCAGGACCCGUAGGCAGCAUGUCCGACGGUGCUCGCGGCUGGAUCCUCUGGACCUCCCUCGCCAUCAUGUGUUCCGACUCCGUCAUCUCCCUCGUCCCCGUCAUGUACACCUCCGUCCUGAAGCUCGUGAGCGGGAAGAAAGCGGUGCCGGAAGACGAUAAUGAGGUCGAGACGGAGGAUAGGCUCGUUUCGAAUAAUAUUGUGGUCUGGGGACUGGGGGUCAGUGUUGUCGUUGGGACUAUCAUCGUUUGGGGCUUGUUUGGGGCGGAGGGGAUUAAGCCGUGGGCUACUGUUGUCGGGUUCGUUAUGGGUGGGAUUUUGAGUAUCCUCGGCGUGAGGGCACUUGGCGAGACAGACUUGAACCCCGUGAGCGGGCUCGGGAAGAUCAGUCAGUUGCUCUUCGCGGUGAUCCAGCCAGGAAACGUCGUAGCCAACAUCAUCGCCGGCGGAGUCGCAGAAGCCGGUGCGCAACAAGCCGGAGAUCUCAUGCAAGACCUCAAAACGGGACACCUCAUCCAAGCCUCCCCCCGCGCCCAAUUCUACGGCCAACUCAUCGGCUCCACCCUCUCCAUCUUCGUGACCGUGACGGCCUACAGCCUCUACAACCGCGCCUACACCAUCCCCGGGCCCUCCUUCCCCGCGCCGACAGCCUACGUCUGGCUCUCGCUCGCGCGUCUCCUCCGUGACGGGUCCUUGCCCCCAAAUUCAGGCAUCUUCAUGCUCGUGUUCGCGAUCUUUUUUGCGGGGGUGGCGGGGCUGAAGACGUGGGCGGUGAGGCAUCAUAGUGCGAAAGUGAGGGGGAUGGCGAAGUGGUUGCCUUCGGGUGUGGCGUUCGCUAUUGGCUUCUUGAACACGCCGUCGUUUUCGAUCGCGAGGCUGCUAGGUGGGGUGGUGGAGUAUCUGUAUCGGAGGAGGUUGGCGAGGAAGUAUGGGGAGGGAGGAGCGGGGAAUCAGCAUGGAGAGGGAGGGGAAAGUAUCAGGUUGAUCGUGAUCGCGAGUGGAUUCGUGCUCGGGGAGGGCGUGAUUAGUAUUGUGAGUUUGGUGUUGAGGACGGCGGGCGUGGGCGCGGCGAGUUGUUGGGGGUGUGGGCAUGGGAUGUGUGGGGGGUGUUGAAGGUAAUUAUUUUCGUUUUCGUUUUCGUUUGCCGUUUGUUUGUUUGUUUGGAUAUCACGAAAAUGUGACAAGAAUGGGCUGGUGUUCAUCUUUGGAUUUAUCUUUUAU